AUGUCAGAAAGUAAAGCUUUUGAAAAACUUGAAUUAGAAGAAUGCACUUAUAAAAUAAAUGAAAAUAGAUUACCUUUAGAUUCAUAUCUUAAAUAUCCACCAUAUACACAUGCAACAUUUAUGCCUUAUGUAGUAUCUGGAGAUGCAGGAUUUGCAGAACAUAGACAACUUAAUUGGACAAAUAAAUUAUUAUGGAAUAAAUUUGGAAAAUUAUCAACUAGAGAUAAGGAAGUUUUAUUAAAACCAGAUCACAUUAUUUCUAAUAAGGAAAAAGAUAUACUUAGUGAAGAAGCAAAAAGAAUCAUAAAUGAAAAAUUAGAAGAUAGAAAGAAAUAUAUACAAGAGUUAGAUCAGUCUUUAGACUACAAAUUAUGGAAACAACAGAAGGAAAAUGAAGAAAUGAAAAAGGAUUUGUUAAAACAGAUAGAAGAAUUAAAGAAAGAAGUACAAAGUUUAAAAAGACAAUCACAAGGUCCCAUUACACCUAGCAAUACUUAUACAAUAAAUAUGAUUAGUGAAUUUGAAAAAUAUUUAACAUGGGAAAGAUUAGAAAAUUUUAAGAUACAUGAGCGGAAUUCACAACAAAAGAUAAGUACUAUCUUAGAUAAUACAUAUAGUAUAAAUAAUAAUUUAGAAAUGAUUUACAAAGAGGUCAAAAAGCCAGAUCCGCCUAGACAUUAUGAAACAAUUAUAGAAACACCAGCUUAUGAAAGAUUUGUACAAAGACAAAAACAAAAAGUAUAUGAGGAUGAAUUAAAAGCUAAGAAAAAUGCAGAAUAUGAAGAAUUUAUAGAAUGGAAAAAACAACAACAGUUGAAAAAAGGAAAAAUGAAAGAAACAAAAGAUAUACCAUCUUUUCUUAGAGAAGAAGAACCAGUACAGAUAAAAGAAGAUACAACAUCACAACUAUUAGAAAUGAUGAAAGAAAUCAGGAAAGAAUUAGAUGAAAUUAAGGAAAAACAGCGCCAAAAAGAAGAAGAAAAGUAAAUACUAUUCAACAAGAAGAAGAGUUAGAUCCAGAUGAUUUAGAACCAGAAUUGUUAAAAUUAGAAAUUAACAAAGUUGAAAGAGAAGAAACUGAAGAAGAAAUUACAUCAGAAAAAGAAGAAGAAAUUAUAUCGGAAGAAGAAAUUAUACAACCAGAUGAAUAUAUCAAUGUAAAAAUUGAGCAAGAUGAAUAUAAAUAUCAAGAUGAACCCAGAACUUAUAAACCUAGAGAUCAUUAUUAUCAAGGAGAAAUUAGAAGACAACGAGCAUAUAAAAAACCUAGUUAUAGGAGAUCAGAAUAUAUAAAUAAUAGAAGAGAACAAUUUGAACCAACUUAUAAAAGCAAUUUAGAUACAACAAUUACAGCAAAUGGAGAAAUACUAAGUUUAGAUUGUGUAACACCUACAGAAGCAGAAGAAAACAAAAUACGAAUAAUGAAGAUACGAAGAAAUUUAUAGCAAGAACAUUUAUAGGAAAUGUAAAAGAAUGGUAUGAAAAUUUGACAGAAGAUGCAAAAAAUAAAUUAGAUGGACAAAGGUCAUUAGCAACACUACAGUUUUAUGAAUUAGCUAUAAGAGCAGAAUUUGGUAAAUUAGGAAUUGAAACGGAAGUAGAUAAAUAGAAUCAAAAACAAAGAAUAGCAAGACAAAAUAUACAACAACUUAUGAUAUGCAACAUGGCACAUGAAAAUCUUAAAGCUUAUUAUUGCGAAUUUUCAGAUUAUUUCCAUAGUGCAGGAUAUACAAAAGAAGAACUUGAAAGAGUACUUGAUUUAUUUUAUAUAAAGUUACCUCAACCUUGGGGAGCAACUAUAUUAGAUGCAUUUAAGCAGAAAAUAAAACCAAAUAUUACAAUAGAUAGUUUAGGAACAAGAAUGGCCUAUUUAGAACAAAGUAUAAGAGAAAAAUGUCAAGAAAAUUGGUUAGCAAAAACAGCUAGAAAAAUAGAUAAAACAAAACCAGAAUUAGAUUGCAAAUAUUAUGAAGUAGGAAAAUAUGGAUGUAGUACAUCUAGAAAUUACAAAACUAGGAGAAAAUAUAAAAGAAAGAAAUAUAAACCUAUUAGAAGGUAUGAUUAUAUAAGACAAGGUAUUAAGAAAAAAUAUUAUCGACCGAAAAAAUAUAUGAGAAGAAAAAAUUAUCAAAACAAAAAAUCAUGUACUUGUUUUAAUUGUGGAGAAAUUGCAUAUUAGUACAAAUUGCAAAAAACCAAGAAAAAUACCAGGGAAAAAUAUAAAUAAUAUAUUUUGUUACAAAAUUACAGAAGAACAAGAACAAGUUGAAUAUCAAUUACAAGAUGAUGAUAUAUUAUAUAUCAGUGAUGAUGAAAUAUUUAUAGAUAAUGAAUAUAUAGAUACUGAAAAUUGGUAUAGUGAUGAUACCAAUUAUGAAAAUUAUAUAUUUGUGAUUAUGGAAGAAAAAGAUACACACUACCAGAAUCAAGUAUAAUCAGAGAAUAUAACAACCCACAAGAAAGAAAAAUUCAAAAAUUAAUUUUUGAUAAGGAUAAAUAUAAUCAGAUUAUGUCAAAAGACUUAGAUUUAAAGAAAAACGAUAUUUUCAAAAUUGAUCAGAUUAAAAAAUUAUUUCAAAAAGAAAAAAUAGAAUAUUAUGUAAUAUCAGAUCAAGAAGAAGCUAUUGAUGUAAGAUAUACACAAGAAAAAGAUAGAAUUGUUAAUUUACCAUUAUAUAACCAGAGAAUUUAUGAAAAUGAAAUUAGUAAAAUACCUGAUAAACAUAAGAAUAAAAUAAAAAAUAUUCACUUAGCAGCUACAGAUAUAAUAGUUAAAGCAUAUUUCCAUGAAGGAAUAGAACACCAUUAGAACUUAUAUUAUGUGAUGAUAGAAUUAGGAGACCAAAAGAAGGAAGUAUAGUAGCAACACUGGUAGGAAACUUAAUAUAUCAACAAGUUAAGUUUAAGAAAAUUAUCAAUUAUAGCAUUAGCACAUUAGAUGAAAACAUGGAAAAAUCAUUAGUCCUAUAUUGGAAUAUAAAUGGAAGAAGGAAGUAAAAUAUUCAGUAUAAGAAUUAGAAAUUUAUAUGUACUUAGUGAGAAACAUAUUGUUAAUAAUAAGAAAAAAUAUCAGAAUAAUAUAAUAAUUGAGCCAUUAUUUCAGGAUGUAAUUAAAGAAAAUGAUAAUAGAUUGAUUAAAUAUGAAAAACCAAUGGAAAAAAUGAAAAGACGAGAUAUGAUUACGUAUAGCAAAAGAUUUGGAAAUAUUAUACCCUAUGAUAAAGGGAAAAAUAUACAAAUUGAAGAAAAUACAGAAGAAGAAAGGCAGCUACAGCCAAAAGGAAGAAAUACAAAUGUAUUAGAUAUACCAAAAAUUAUACACAAACAAGGAACGAACCAAUUUCAUAUAAUUGGUCGAAUAAACAAAAAUUAUUAUGCAAUACUUAUAGAUACAGGAGCAGCAAACUCCUAUAUCAGCCCAGAAAUAGUAAAUAAGGAAAAUAUACAAUUAGUUAAAAGAGAAAAUCCUUUAAUAGCUAAAAAUUGGACAAAUAAUAGUUAUAAAUUUACAGAAAAUGCAAAAUUUAUGCUAGAAAUACAAGAUAUAAAUAGGAGAUAUUAUAAAAUCCAAAUAGAAGGAUUAGUAGAUACUAUUCCACUAUUAGAAAGAGAAGAACAAAUAUUAUUAGGAAUAAAUAUAUUAGAAGAAUUGCAACCUUAUUCAAUAACUCAAGAUUAUUUAUCAAUUACAGUCAAUUUUAGGGAAAUAAAAUUGCCUAGAAUUAAGCAACAUUAUUCAGAAGUUAUUAAGACAGCAGAACAAAUGAGCCAGUUAAGAAAUGAAUAAUAUGACUUAUAUGACGAUAAAAAUUAAAAUCCCAGGAUAUAUGAGCAGAAUCUAUCAUGGAUUAUUUGAUACAGGAGCAAACACAAGUGUUUGUUAAAAAGAAGUAUAGCACCUGAAUUAUGGAAAGAAAAUGGAGAAUCUAUAUUAGCAGGUUUUGGAGCAGAAAAUACAAUUACAAAAUAUAAAGCUUUCAAUGUAAAAAUCAUGAUGUCAAAAGAAGAAUUUAUAAUUCCAUCUUUACACGCUUAUGAAUUAGAUAAUGUAGAUAUAAUAAUUGGAUCAAAUUUUUAUAAUAAAUAUAGUCCUAUAAUAAUAGAUAUUCCAAAAAGAUUAAUACAAUUUACUAAAAAAUAGAUAAAAAAGGAAACCAGACUAGAUAUUCAAAUUUUUUAGUAAAAUAUCCUAAGGAGAAAAUAUUAGAACCAUGGAUUAAAGGAAAUAGCAGUCUGAACCAACCAUUAAAAAAUAAAGAAAAUUAUGAAAUUGAAAACAUAAAUGAGAACACAGACUUAGGGGAAAAAAUAAAUAUGAUAUUAGGAGAUGAAAUAUACGGAGAAGACCCUUUGAAAAAUUGGGAAAAACAUAAAACGUAUGCAAAAAUAGAAUUGAAAAAUGAAGAUGAUGAAAUAUAUAAACCACCUAUGAUCUAUAAAGAAGAAGAUUAUAAAGAAUUCGAUAUGCAUAUAAAAGAAAUGACAGAAAAUGGAUUUAUUGAAGAAAAGAAAGAUUUUGAAAACAAAAAAUAUUCAAGUCCAGCAUUUAUAGUUAUGAAACAUUCUGAGCAAAAGAGAGGAAAAUCACGAAUGGUGAUUGAUUAUAAGGAAUUAAAUAUAAAAGCAAAAAUAGUCAAAUAUCCUAUUCCCAACAAGGAUAUAUUGAUAUUAAGAGGAAUUAGAGCAAAUAUAUUUUCAAAGUUUGAUUGCAAAUCAGGCUUUUAUCAUAUAAAACUUGAAGAAGGAUCAAAGAAAUAUACAACAUUUACAGUCCCACAGGGAUAUUACCAAUGGAGAGUAUUACCAUUUGGUUAUCAUAAUUCACCAGCUAUAUAUCAACAAUUUAUGGAUAGAAUAUUUAGACCAUAUUAUGAGUUUAUCUUAGUAUAUAUUGAUGAUAUACUAAUAUUCUCAAAAAAUGAAGAAGAGCACAUGGAACAUAUAAAAAUUUUCAAACAAAUUAUAUUAGAAAAUGGCAUUACACUUAGUAAGAAGAAAAAAGAAAUAGCUAAAACGAAUAUAGAAUUUUUAGGUCUAGAAAUAGAAAAAGGAAAGAUAAAGUUACAACCUCACAUAGUAGAUAAAAUAUUAAGCAAACAUGUUAAGGUAAAAAAUAAGACAGAAUUACAAAGUAUAUUAGGAUUAUUAAACCAAAUUAGAAGUUUUAUUCCACAACUAGCAGAGAUACUAGUACCAUUACAGAAAAAAUUUAAAACUAAACCAGAAGACCAUUGGAAUUGGAAAAA